GCACGCGCAACGUCGCGGUUUACUGACAACAAAAAAAAUGGCGAGCGAGGCCGGAAAGUACAGGAGUGCCAUCAGUAAGAGUAAAGAUCCUUCAGGCUUACUUAUUUCUGUCAUCAGAACUCUGUCUAUGAGUGAUGAUAUUCAUGAUCGAGAAGCUGAGAAGGGCCGCCUUGAGGAAGCUUAUGAGAAAUGCGACCGUGACUUAGAUGAAUUGAUUGUACAGCACUACACAGAACUUACCACAGCCAUCAGGACGUACCAAAGUAUCACAGAACGUAUCACCAGCUCACGCAACAAAAUCAAGCAGGUGAAGGAGAAUUUGCUUUCAUGCAAAAUGCUCCUUCACUGCAAAAGGGAUGAGCUGCGCAAACUUUGGAUUGAAGGGAUUGAACACAAGCAUGUCCUCAAUCUGCUUGAUGAAAUUGAGAACAUCAAACAGGUGCCACAAAAGCUGGAACGAUGCAUGGCAAGCAAACAUUAUCUUCAUGCCACAGACAUGCUGGUCUCCGCAGUAGAUUCUUUGGAGGGGCAGCUGCUGCAGGUCGAAGGAUUGAGUGAUCUGCGUCUCGAGCUCCACAGCAAGAAGUUGAACAUGCAUUUGGUCCUGAUAGACGAAUUACACCGCCACCUGUAUAUUAAGUCCACGAGUCGUGUGGGCAAUAAAAGCCGGGACAAAAAUAAAAUUGGCUUACUUGGCAAAGAUGCAUCUUCUGUUCCUAUUAUUGAUGUUAACUUGGGAUCUACUUCCCGGAAAUUUAUGGAUAACUCUCAGUACAACAAUUCAGUAAGCACUGCUGUGAAAGAGGUAAACCUCCAAGAUAUAAAAGAGGACCCAGAAUGUGAUCCAGAGGAGAACAGCAUACUUUUUAUGGGCAUUCUGAUAAAAGCCCUGGCAAAGCUGAAAAAGAUUCCUGAAACAAUCAAAGGUAUUAAAGAACGCUUCAAUCAAGAACUGGAACAGAUUGUGAAAAGGUCCACAACCCAGGUCGCAGAUCAUGCUUAUCAACGAGGUGAAGUUGUCUCACAAGAGAAUCAACCUAGGUUACUGCUGGAGCUUCUCGAGUUAUUGUUUGAAAAAUUCUAUGCUGUAGCUGCUGCCCACAAAAUUGUUCUUGGCUAUCUUCACCAAAUGGUUGUAUCACCUUCGAGUACAAAUGUGAGUGAGAUCAAACUGUACGACAUGGCAGAAGUCUGGGCGAGGAUCCAGAGUGUCCUCCAGAUGCUGUUGACAGAGUACUUAGAUGUGAAGAAUACUCGAACUGCCUCUGAACCUUCAUCACAGCUCAGCUAUGCCAGCUCAGGAAGUGAUUUUGCAGCAUUCUUUGCCAAAAAGAGACCGCAGAGGCCCAAAAUCUCUCUCUUUAAGUUUGAAUCAUCUUCACAUGCCAUCAGCAUGAGUGCAUACCUCCGUGAGCAAAGACGGGAGCUGUACAGCAAGAGUGGAGAACUACAAGGAGGAGCUGAUGACAAUCUAAUUGAAGGAGGAGGCACGAAGUUCGUUUGCAAACCUGGAGCUCGGAACAUCACCGUUAUCUUCCAUCCGUUGCUAAGAUUCAUUCAGGAAAUUGAAGUCGCCAUGUGGGCUGGUUCUGGUAAACAGUGCCCACUGCGUGAGUUCCUCACCAUGUACAUCAAGAACUUCUUCUUAAACCAGGUGCAUCUUGAUGUCAACAAAGAAAUCGAGGCUGCAACCAAAGUUGCAGAUCCUUUGAAAGUGUUGGCUAGUGCUGAUACCAUGAAAGUCUUGGGUGUGCAACGACCCCUCCUUCAGAGCACCGUUGUAGUGGAGAAGUCAAUGCAGGACCUGGUGAACCUAAUGCACGAUCUGAGCGCUUACUCUGAUCAGUUCUUGAAUAUGGUGUGUGUGAAGCUCCAGGAGUACAAGGACACAUGUACAAUUGCCUACAGGAGCAUAGUUCAGUCAGAAGAGAAGCUCAUCAUAAGUGCAUCAUGGGCCAAGGAUGAGGACAUAAGUCGACUGUUGACCUCCCUCCCAAACUGGACGAACAUGGCUCAGCCCAAACAAAUGCGACCGAAGCGGGAAGAUGAGGAGGACUUCACAAGAGCUGCCAAUGCAAAAGAAUCUGAAGUGUUGACUGGCAACUUGGGAGACAAGCUUAUCCCACAGAAUGAAAUCCUAAGAGAUGUCAGUGAUCUAAAGGCCUUGGCAAACCUACACGAGAGUCUGGAAUGGUUAUCAGCUCGGCUGAAGGGAUUUUUUUCUAGUCUGCCUACAGCUCAGUCAUUUUCUCCAGGACAAGAAGUUCAUGUAAAUAUGGAUAUUCCUCCAGUGUCUGAGCAAAUAAUGGAAACUCUCAAUGAUCUUGCAAAGUUAUUUCAGGAAAUGGCUGACCGGUGCCUGCUGGUGCUUCACUUAGAAGUCAGAGUUCACUGUUUUCACUAUUUAAUCCCACUGGCCAAGCAAGGCAACUAUGCCAUUGUUGCAAAUGCAGAGAGCAUGGAUUAUGACCCCUUGGUGGUGCGACUGAACAAAGACAUCAGUGCCAUUGAGGAAGCGAUGAGUGGCAGUCUGCAGCAACACAAGUUCCAAUACAUUUUUGAAGGCCUGGGCCACCUGAUUUCCUGCAUUUUGAUCAAUGGUGCACAGUAUUUCAAGCGGAUCAGUGAAUCAGGAAUCAAGAAGAUGUGUCGGAACAUAUUUGUACUACAGCAGAACCUGACCAACAUUACCAUGUCUCGGGAGGCGGACCUAGACUUUGCAAGGCAGUACUAUGAGAUGCUGUACAAUAACCCAGAUGAGCUGCUCAACCUGGUAGUGGACCAAGGGGUAAAGUACACAGAGUUGGAGUACAUCAAUGCCUUAAGCCUCCUCCAUCGCAGCCAAACUGGAGUUGGAGAUCAGACCACUCAGAACAUGCGACUGCAGCGGCUGAAAGAGAUCAUCUGUGAGCAGGCUGCUAUAAAACAGGCAACCAAGGACAAGAAGAUCACCACAGUGUAGAUGCUCAGCCUCAAAGUAGGGACUCAGUACAGUACAACACCAUCUUACUUAGAAUUAUGGCAAAGCUGAAAGGCAACUUGCCGUCAUAUUCAGUGAGCGUUUGAUUGUUUCAAUCUAUUAGCAGUUAAACAUAUACAUAGAUUAUAAAGUUAAAGUGGCAUUAUUGUAGCUUGUUGCUUUCUGUGAAAUACCAAGGUUAUUUCUUUGCAGGAUGCAAUUUUGUUCUUGUAGGUCUGUUUUCCCUUUUACUAGCCAAUUGAAACUUAAGCACAAAGUUAGCAGGAAACAACACCCUCUUCAUUUCUCCUUCGCAUUCCUCCUCCUUUAGAUAACUUGGUUGCCUUUCACUAUUUCCUUGUGCUUUUUUUCACAGUGCCACCCAAUGAUUAACUGACUUCUAGCAGCUCCUAGCUUUAUUCACCUACAGGCAGUGCAGUUGAUGCACAACAGUACAGUACACCUUAACUAAUAGUUGGUAAACUCAUCUGUCCAAAGGUCACAGCCUAAAUUCAGUCAAUAGAUUUUGUUGCACUCCCUCUCCCAAGCCACCAAAUUGACUUUAUUAUCCGGUUGAAGUUUCACUUGGUUAUCAUAAAAGGGAUUAGCUGCAAAAAAAAGAACAAUAGGGUGCAUUUCUGCAGCAAAAAUGAACUAUUUAUGGCAUUAGCACAUUUAAUAAAUACUGUUUCAUCCUACUAAAUAUUUCAAAUUAGCACACAUUGCUACAAAAUUUGCACAAUUUUGAUCUAAUGUUCAACAACUAAAGCUUAGAUUUCACAGCCUGAAGGGGUUUCUGGUUUUUGCUAAACUUGAUAAUCCCACUUGGAUCUUAUGGGUAAAAAUACAGUAAAACCUAGCACUAUAAGGCAUAUUUAAUGAUGGUGAAUGAGCUGGUGAGGGUUUGGCUUUGUUUUGGUGUAUCAUAGACACCAGAAUCCAAGCCAUGUGAUUACAAGGCCUUUGGAUCAAGCAUAUCAGAUUAUCAACUUGAUAUAAACUGCAGUGUAUAAAAGAUGAAAAUAAAUAGUGCAUCGUUUAUUGAGACUUAUCAUUUUUUGUAUCUGAUCUAUGUAGGCCAAUUAUAAAGGAUUCUCCUCACUUUGUUGUGCUCAUCACCUUUUUAAUUUGUAUGUACAAAGUAUCUGUAUCCAAGUGAAACAUGCUGUCACACAUACCCCCUACACUCCAUAUUAUAUAUUUUGUCAAUAGAAUUAGCUCGGAACUAUGUCAGUGCAAGUAAAACUAACCCUAAAUCAGGACUGGUCAGUUGAAAAGAGAAAUAGGUUUGCGUCAAACUAUUAUUGUAACAUCUGUUCUGUUCUUAUUUAGAUUCACAAAACAUUGAAUGUUUUUCCUAUCCCAAAUUCCUUUAUAUAAAUGCCCUUAACUGCAUAAUCUGUACUAUUUAUUAUUGCACUGCAUGAAUCAGAAACCAUUUUAUCUUUUAAUGUGUACACAAAAUGUUCUGCAAUAAAGUUGGAAAAAGAAA